ACGUGACGUCAUUUGUCAACAAUGUCAUUUAAAUUUUUUGAUUGAUUGUUUUUAUUCAAACGAACAAUGGCCAGUAAAGCGAACGUUCUUGAAUCAGUGCGUGAAGACGAUUUCGUGGAGUAUUUUCUUUUUCCGGUGAUUGAUUCGCGCGAUGACAAGGAGCAGGAAAUCGUCUUGAACCGGUUUCUGUGUCAGGCGGAAAAAAUCGUCGAGAAGUACACAAAGGAGCACUUGUGGCACAAAGAUGAGUUCAAAUUGAGUGUGAGGACUUGGGUCAGCAAUUCCCUGAUUCACGGCGACGAAAACACAGAGUUCUUGCCCCCACAUCUGCACGGCGUGACUCACUUUGGUGACAAUAUCGAGGAUGAAUGGUUCAUUGUGUUCCUUCUACGGGAGCUGACCAAAGAAAUCGACGGUUUAAUCGCAAGAAUUUAUGACGCGGACGGCGAAUUUUUACUAAUUGAAGCCGCUGAAUAUCUACCCCCAUGGGCAGACCCCACCACUUGCGAAAAAAGGGUGUACUUCUUCCAAGGUAACCUCCACAUCAUCCCCCUCACCGACCCCGCCCACCCUUCCCUCUCCCUCUCCUCCGCCCUCUCCCUCAUCCUCAACAACCCCACCGAGACCCUCGCCUCCUGCGACAUCCAGAACAGCAUAAUCAACAAACUCCAGGACUACCCUGGGAAAAUCGCGUCCAACUUGCACCACGCCACGGCCUACUUGCCCGUGGGCAUCGCGGCCAUCCUGACCCACAAACCCGCCCUAAUAGCGCCCGCGGUCCAGGUGUUCUGCAACCGCGACUCCGUCGAUGCCAAAACGAUCCGAGCCAUGAAGUAUUUUCCUCCAGAGAAUCGCGUUAAUGUCAGGGUGACAUUCACGAAAUGCCUGUACGCAAUGCUGACCCACAGCAAGUACGUUCCCGACCGCAGGACGGGGUGGAAUUUGCCGAGGAACGACAGUCCGCAGUUUAAAAGCCACGAUUUGGGGGUGAAGAUCGCGUGCGGGUUCGAGAUUCUGGCGGCCGAGGCGAAGCCGAGCGAGGACGUGGAGGAGGAUAGGGGCUGGGGGAGGUACGUGGGCAGGCUGAGGGAGAAGAAUUAUUUUCGGGGGUUGCUGGAGGGGUCGCGGGAGUACAACGAUUUGGUGAAUAAGGCGAAGGAGUACUAUGUGAAGCAUAGGGAUUCGAUGAGGAGUACGCCGCUGGUGGGGCAGGAGGUGCUGGAGUUGAGCAGGGGGCUGGAGUAUAGGGCGGAGGAGCUGAGGAAGAGGGAGGAGAGUUUGCCGCCGGAUGAUGAUGAUUCGUGGUUGAACAUCACCCCCGAAGAGCUCGACAAGAUGCUCGAGGAGAAAUACGGCCAGAAAAAAUUCGUCACCAUCAACAACAACUCCACCGCCGCCACCCUCACCGAGAAGCUCUCCCACUUCCUCAACCACGUGUCGGACCUCGACGGCGUCGAGCACCCCGACCCCGACGACUCCCCCACGCGCCCGCCCCGCGGCGUCAAGAAGCGCAACAAGGUCUCGUUCGCGCAGGGCACCAAGCCCGACCCCAACGCCCCCAACAACCGCAUCAGCUUCGACCCCAACGCCUUCUCCUGCGCCGUCCAGAACAUCCUCAACUUCGUCAUCCCCGAGGACGACAGCUGGGACCUGGACUCGGGCUCGGACAUGAGCGACUACGCCGACGAGACGGUGGACGAGGCGUCGUACGAGGGCGUCAAGAACAAGAUGAAGCAGUACAUGGAGGAGAUGGACAAGGAGCUGGCGCAGACGACGAUCGGGGAGAGCUUCGAGAAGAAGAACGGCGACGGGUUCGAGGACAUCGAGAACUUCAAGCCGGUGGACAUCGACAUGAACGCGCUGAAGAACAUCCUGGAGAGUUACAGGGCGCAGAUGGGGGAGGCGGGGCCGAGCAGCAACAUGCUGGGGCCGAUGGGGGUGCACUUGGAGGCGAGGGGGAAGGAGGGGGAGUGAGAGGGAACGAAGGGUUUUAGAUUUAAGUCGCACUUGGUUUUUUUCCUGUUCUUGAAUCACUACGUUAGUGCCAAUCAUGCUGCCAGUGUAUUAAUGAGUGCUUUUUUGCGUAGGGGUAGUGCGAGCUGGAAGUCGAGGCAAUUCGUAUUCGUGUUUUUUGUUGUUAUAAAAAAUUUUACUGAAAUACGUUCUGAGAAGAAUUACGAUUUUGAUAUUGUUUGCUUGUUAUGAAAAAAAAAAUAUAUAUAUUUUUGCUGUUUUUGGUACUAGGUAUGGUAUUAAUGUAGAGACCGAGCUACGUACAUCAAGCAAUGAGAUUAGACUUGUAACCUAUACAUUGUAUUGUUUUCUAGUCUUAAAUUAGCGAUACUUUUUUUGUACUUUGACAUUUUUUUACUGACUCAUAUCAAAAGUAAAUAUUCAACGCAUGUA